AUGGCCAAGAUGAAGGCUAGCACCCUGACUGCAAUGCUAGUCACAGGGCUGGGGGUGUUAUUCCUGGGGACAGCAGCACAGGAGGACCCUCAGUGUCAGCGGGUGGAGCACCCUGUUGUUACCAGUGAAGAAAUUGCUCCCUGGCUACGUGUUUUCAGAGCAGAAAAUGCUGUUGACUUUUCUCAGAUAACAUUUGAUCCCAGACAAGAAGAACUUAUAAUUGGAGCAAGAAACUACCUCUUCAGAUUACAUCUUGAGGAUCUUUCUCUGAUUCAGGGUGUGGAGUGGCAGUGUGACGAAGCUACUAAGAAAGCAUGUUACAGUAAAGGCAAAUCAAAGGAGGAAUGCCAGAAUUAUAUUCGUGUUCUCCUUAUUGGUGGGGACCGGCUCUUUGCGUGUGGAACAAACGCUUUUACACCCAUUUGUACUAAUCGGACGUUGAGUAACCUGGAGGAGACGCAUGAUCAGAUCAGCGGCAUGGCUCGCUGUCCAUACAGCCCUCAACACAACUCCACAGCCCUUCUGACGAAUUCUGGGGAGCUCUAUGCUGCGACCGUCAUGGACUUUCCGGGAAGGGAUCCUGCUAUUUAUCGUAGUUUGGGGGUCCUCCCUCCUCUCCGGACUGCGCAGUACAACUCUAAGUGGCUGAAUGAACCAAAUUUUGUGUCAUCAUAUGACAUUGGAAACUUCUUCUACUUCUUCUUCCGAGAGAAUGCCAUGGAAUAUGACUGUGGACAAAUUGUUUAUUCCCGGGCUGCCCGAGUGUGUAAGAACGACAUCGGAGGCAGGUUUUUGCUGGAGGAUACCUGGACCACCUUCAUGAAAGCUCGCCUCAACUGUUCCCGCCCAGGAGAAAUCCCGUUUUACUACAAUGAAUUACAGAGUACGUUCUUCCUGCCAGAACUGGACUUAGUCUACGGGAUCUUUACCACUAAUGUGAACAGUGUUGCCGUCUCUGCUGUUUGUGUGUUCAACAUGACUGCAAUAACCCAGGUCUUCAAGGGCCCUUUCAAGUACCAGGAGAACUCCCGCUCAGCCUGGCUGCCUUAUCCUAAUCCAAACCCUACUUUCCAGUGUGGCACUAUGGACCAAGGUCUGUAUCUGAAUCUGACUGAAAGGAAUCUCCAAGAUGCCCAGAAAUUUAUUCUGAUGCAUGAAGUCAUUCAGCCAAUCACACCAGUUCCUUAUUUCAUGGAGGACAACAGCCGGUUUUCACAUGUGGUUGUAGAUGUGGUACAAGGCAAAGAGAUGCUCUUUCACAUCAUCUAUUUGGCCACAGACCAUGGAACUAUCAAGAAGGUUCUGGCUCCAAUUAAUCAGACAGCAAGCAGCUGCUUGUUGGAGGAGAUUGAGAUUUUCCCAAAGAAGCAAUGGGAGCCCAUCCGGAGUCUGCAGAUUUUACACAGUCAGAGCGCUCUGUACGUGGGUCUGCAGGGGAGUGUAGUGAAGAUCCCACUGAAGAGAUGCCAGUUUUACAAAACACGCAGCAUGUGUGUCGGAUCCCAGGAUCCUUACUGUGGCUGGGAUCAGGUACUGAAGAAAUGCACACCACUAGAAGAAAGCCUGAGCAUGAGCCAGUGGGAGCAAAGCAUCACCAUGUGUCCGACGAGGAAUUUGACGGUGGACGGCUCUUUUGGACCCUGGUCAGAGUGGAAACCGUGCACACAUGUGGAUGGCUCCAGCUUGGGCAUUUGCCUUUGCAGAAUUCGCUCAUGUGAUAACCCAGCUCCAAUGUGUGGAGGCCGGCCAUGUGAAGGGCCAAGCAUGGAAAUUGUCAAUUGCUCCAGGAAUGGAGGCUGGACUCCUUGGACCUCUUGGUCUCCUUGCAGCACCUCCUGCGGAAUUGGCUUCCAGGUCCGCCAGCGCUCCUGCAGUAACCCAAGCCCUCGGAACGGAGGCCGUGUGUGUGUGGGACAGAACCGUGAAGAACGGUACUGCAAUGAGCACUUUCUGUGCUCCCCGCACAUGUUCUGGACUGGUUGGGGCGCUUGGGAGCGCUGCACAGCUCCGUGUGGAGGAGGGAUUCAGGCCCGCCACAGGGCAUGUGAGAACGGCCCCGACUGUCCUGGUUGCAGUGUUGAGUAUCAAGCUUGCAACACCAGCCCCUGCCCGGAGCUGAAGAAGACAACGCCGUGGACUCCGUGGACUCCAGUCAAUAUCUCUGACAAUGGAGGGCACUACGAACAGCGGUUCCGAUACACCUGCAAGGCACGACUACCGGAUGUGAGUUUGCUAGAUGUGGGAAGGCAGAGGAUUGAAAUGCGUUACUGUUCCAGCGAUGGCUCCACCGGAUGCUCAACAGACGGCGAUUUCAUGCAUUCGGGACGUUACUCCGCCCACACCAUUAAUGGCGCUUGGUCUCCCUGGUCUCCGUGGUCUCAGUGCAGCCGUGACUGCAGCCGAGGCAUUCGCAACCGCAAACGCCUUUGCAACAGCCCUGAGCCAAAAUAUGGAGGCCUGCCCUGUGUGGGGCCAUCUCUGGAAUACCAAGAGUGCAACAUCCUUCCAUGCCCAGUUGACGGAGGCUGGUCUUGUUGGUCAUCGUGGUCAAAGUGCUCUGCCACUUGUGGAAGUGGGCAUUACAUGAGAACGCGCUCCUGUACAAACCCGGCACCAGCUUACGGAGGGGACAUCUGUCUGGGACUCCAUACCGAAGAAGCACUCUGCAAUACGCAACAGUGCCCAGAUAGCUGGUCUCACUGGUCAGAGUGGUCUGGCUGUGAAGCCGCUGGCAUCCAGUUCCGUGCCCGUCAGUGUGAUGUUUUGUUUCCUGUGGGUCACCAGUGUUCUGGGAAUGCCACUGAGAGCCGGCCAUGUGUUUCUGAUUCCAAUUCCAUACCAGACAUAACGGUAGCAAGAACCAGCAGUAUCAAAGAAAAGCGAUGUGGUGAGUUUAAUAUGUUCCACAUGACUGCCGUGGGGCUGAGCAGCUCCAUCCUUGGGUGCCUUCUGACUCUUCUGGUUUACACUUAUUGCCAACGGUAUCAGCAGCAGUCCCAUGAUGCAACGGUCAUCCACCCAGUGUCUCCUGCACCUCUUAAUACCAACAUCACUAACCAUAUCAACAAGCUGGACAAAUACGAUUCCGUGGAAGCCAUUAAGGCAUUUAACAAGAAUAAUCUCAUCCUGGAAGAACAGAACAAGUACUUCAAUCCACACCACACCUCCAAGGCGUAUUCCAACGCCUACUUCACAGACCUGAAUCACUACGAUGAGUAUUAAGUGGGUCUCUGUCUCCCCACGGCCUGACU